GCUGCAGCAUCCGCACAGCGACUCAGUUCGUAUCGAAAGCUUUGCGGGCGCAGGACAUCGGCAUAAAAACUGAAACACAAAUCUCGAAUUCAGUUCGUGUGUCUGAUUGCGAAUCUUUGCGUGUUUUGAUCUCUGGAGUACAAUUGCCGCCCUAAACGAGUUCUUAGGAUUCGCAAAGCGCAUUAAACAGCAAAAUCAAAAAGGGGUUCGAAGCUCGAACUCCGAACACCGCCUCAACUCCCGCGGGCCACAAUAAAUGCAAACGUGACAAUUGUUCCGUCGUUAUUUGUGUAGGUGUGAAAAUAUGUCGCAAAUAAAAACCCGAAGAGCAGCAGCAACAAUGUCGAUAAUAAUGGUCAGCCGAGGUGCAGCAGCAUCGGGAUUGGGAUUAGGAGCAUCGUCUAAAUAUGGUUUACGAUAUGGCACACUUGGCACCCGGGCCGCCGCAGAGCAUCUCACUGAGUCGCUACUAUAUGGAUCAGGACGACGACUUGGCGUCGGGCAACAGCAGUGCGAACAUAUCGAACGGCCAUGGGCUGGGGCAUGUCGCUAGCGAGGACUACGCGGCGAGCACGACGCUGGACAUCGACCAGCGGUAUCAGGCGCGGAUUGCGUGCGAGACGGCGGCACAGCCGGCGCUGCCCGGGCCGCCGCCAACGCCGGCGCCGCGGCGUCGCACCACGCCCAUCACCCACCUGGAUCCCUCCGAGCUGGUGGGCCUGUCCAGGGAGGAGCGUCGUCGGCGACGCCGCGCCACGCUCAAGUAUCGAACGGCGCAUGCGACGCGCGAAAGGAUACGGGUGGAGGCCUUCAACGUGUCCUUCGCGGAGCUGCGCAAGCUGCUGCCCACGCUGCCGCCGGACAAGAAGCUGUCCAAGAUCGAGAUCCUCAAGCUGGCCAUCUGCUACAUAGCGUAUCUGAAUCAUGUGCUCGAGACGCCCUGAGAUACCGCCAACGCCUCCAGCUGCAGCCAGUUGCCAGGCGCCAUGUUUCUCAACAACAGCUCCACCUACUCCCCCAGCUCCGC